CCAGUUGCCGUAAAAAAAGAAGAAGAAGAAGAAGAAAAAGCAGUGGUUGUGACUCGCUGUCAACAAGGAAGCGAAUUCGGGUUUCCUGCUGACAAAGUGAGGAACAUGCGCUCACUUGUCGGACUCCUCGCUGUUGUUGCUGCGGCCAGCUUGUACCUGUACUCGUUGUCGUUGUACCUGCCUGCGGCCCCGCGGCGACAUCCUCACUCUGCCGAGAGCAAACAUGUGGAGACGGCGGAGUCCGAGCAGCAGCGCGCUGACAGCUCCGGAGAACCCAGCGGGUUGAAGUUCCCCUCCGACUUGGAGGAGCUGAGGGAACUGUCUGAGCUGCUGCAGUUUUACAAGACCGAGCACACUGGAUAUGUUCUGCUACUCUUCUGCAGUGCAUAUCUCUACAAGCAGUCCUUUGCCAUUCCUGGAUCCUCAUUCCUGAACAUUUUAGCAGGAGCUAUAUUUGGACCAUAUCAAGGACUGCUGCUAGUCUCUGUGCUCACCACUGUGGGCUCCACCAUGUGCUACCUCCUGUCCAAGGCCUUCGGAAAGCGCUACAUCACUACCCUCUUCCCCGAUAAAGUCUCCUUGCUCCAAGGGAAGAUUGAGGAGAACCGGGAUUGUUUGUUUUUCUUUCUGCUCUUCCUGAGAUUCUUUCCCAUGACUCCCAACUGGUUUCUGAACAUGUCUGCCCCGAUUGUCAACAUCCCCAUCACCUUCUUCUUCUGCUCAGUCUUCAUUGGCCUCCUGCCGUACAACUUCAUCUGUGUCCAGACGGGCGUCAUGCUGUCUGAAGUGGCGUCGUUGGAUGACUUGUUCUGCUGGGAGAGACUACUUCAGCUGCUGGCCAUCGCCUGCAUGGCUCUGCUGCCCGGCGCUCUUAUCCGUCGGCUCAGUCAGAAGCGUCUCAAACUGGACGUCCAACCGCAGAAUGGGCUCAUCACGGAUAAGAAGGUCCAGUGAUUUUUUUUAAAAAAACAUUUUCUUUUCAUGGGAAUGAGUUUGUUGCCUGGUGCCUUGAGGCCCUUUACCCUCAAGGGUGAAUGUAUUUGAAGUGUUGGGUGUUCAGAAAAACGUGGCCCACAUACACAAACACGUAAAGUUUUCUUUUAUCUGGAGUGCUUUACGUUUAUGGAGCAGGAGAGCUUUUGGGAAAAUAAGACUGGCGCAUUGGAAUUUGAAGCCAAGUAUUUUGUAUAACCAAAUGUUUGUGUUUCUCUGCCACAACUUUUAUGGGCACAUUAUAUGUAUGAAUGUACAGUUAUGUGGAGAAAGGGAAGAAUUUGAAGAAGACUUUGCUCUUGCUCUAUUAUUAUACUGUUUCAGUGUAAACGGCUAACGUUUUAAGUGCCUGUUGUGCAGUGAUAGUUUCAAACUUCUACCUCCAACAUGGACGACAACAUCGAAAUAUUUGUGUGAAUAAUGUUAUUCAUAACAGAACAUGUUGAAGAAAUUAUACAACUGGAGGUUUGUAUUUUUCUUGUUUGACAAUCACAUUUAGCAAUUUCAGCACAAAUUAUAAUUCAGUGUUGGACCAUUUUUAUUCUUUUUAAACUAUGAACGCAAAGUUUUGUAAAUUGUGUAAUUUGGCCUCAGUCUUUUUAAGUAAGCAAUUGAAUUACUUCAUUGUGACUAAAUGUCAUGAUAUCUAACGAGCAGGAUUCUUCUGAAAAUUAAUUUGCAGUUAGUUCAGGCCGUGCGAGGCCUCUGUUGAAUCAAGCUUUAAUAUCGCUUCUCUUUGCUGCCUCUUUUCACAGCCUGUGUGUCAUUUGUACAGUACUGUAAAUUAUGUCUUUGUGUUGGGUAAAAUGUUAUGUCAGCCUUCUGUAAAUUCAAAGAUGUCCAUUUAUUUUUUAUGUAAUGCCAUUUAUAGCGUCUCAGAUCACAAAAGACGUGCCAUCUUUUAUUUUACAGGUGAAAAAACUUUGAAAGAAUUAAAUGGUAAACAUGAAGAAACUG